CGAGCAGCACAAUGCGUCUCUCAUCGCUUGCGCUUGGGCUCAAUGCGCUGGCUGUUGUGAGUGCGAUUGACGGCCGCCUCCCGUGUGACCGCGGAGUUCUUCUCGAGAAGGCCGGCGUCCAGACGCUCAAGACGUGCCUGGCGACGUCCAACUUGACUUUGGAUGCGCUCGACAAGGCCCACACCGCUGCCCUCUGCGCCGUGCCUGCCUGCGUCAGCGUCGUCACGAUGGCGUCGACGACGACAACGUGUUCGAACGGCCAAGAGUACGCCGGGCUUUGCGACGCGACGACGCCAACAGCGGCGACCGGCCCUGCGACCACAAGCCCCAUGACAGCGCUACCAAUAUCAUCGGCGGCGUCCACCACCGGCGUCCCAAAGACACCCGCGGUUGCGCCAUCCAGUGCACCAACCGUGUCGCUGGCGACCGUCGUGGCCGUCACGUCGGCCAUUCUUCUCGUCCAAGACACGUAGAGUUGUAGAACAUUUGAUCGAUGUGCCGGUCCUUUGGACAAAGAAAACAUGUGUUUUUUAAACCCC